AUGGACGAUAAGACGGCGCCACCGCCUUCUUAUCGUGUCAAUCUGUUCGUGAUAACAGGGCACAAGUGGAACAGAAGAGCGCUAUAUAAGGCGCAUUCAAUUACUUACAUAUCAUAGAAGGCGCGUGAUUUAAGAAUUCGCGCCGAACUUUCGAAAAAUUUUGCCGAAUCCUGACUGGGAGAGCUCUUUUUCGAGAGACAGAGCGAGAGAACGCAAAAAACGGAGAGAGAGAGAGCGAGAGAACGCGAACGGAGGGAGGGCGCAGAGAGGCAGAGAGAGCACGAAAUAGCGCGCGUUUCUCUCGCUCUAUUCGUUUUUUCUGACCAUUUCUAGUCUGGAAUCCCCUAGAUUAAUGUUGGAGGCUCCCAGUCAGGAUUCGGCAAAAUUUUUCGAAAGUUCGGCGCGAAUUCUGAAAUCACGCGCCUUAUAUCAUAUAUUCAACCUAAUAAAGUGUCUAGCCAUUUACAUGGUGCAUUGGGCCAUAAUGGCCUUAGGACUUCAGAGCUGAGGCCAACUGGUCGUCAGAAUCAAACGGCUAGUGGUGUCAGCCGCAGACGUCGAAUUAUCGGUUCAGAAGACGGGAAGACCACAUGCACAAGUGUAGGAAGACUCAACGCAGCUCCGGAAGAAGCUAGAGGAUAUUCAAGAAGCGCUGACCAGUGCCGUCCAAGAAUAUGUGGAGGAGUUGCAGACAAAAAGAGAUCAGAUCGAAGCCAGUCCGGACAAAGAGGAUGGGAAAGCGCAGCUCGAAGAGAAACUUGAGGGAAGUGGCACAAAAAAAAGCUACGACGCAGUUAAAGCGGCAAAGGAAUGGAUAGCAACAUUCGAUUCAGUGGAAACGGAACUGGUACUAUUGGAGGCAACACUAACACGAGAAGCAGCGGAGGUAUUAGCGAGACCUCUACCAAGGCCAAGCAGGGCCACGGCGGCAAAAUUACCAAAGCUAACUCUCCAAACGUUCGAUGGCGCAGACACAUUGGCAUAUCUACCGUUCAUGGAUAGCUUCACAGUUCACGUUGACGUAAGAGAAAACGGCGCCAUCGCCCUUUUAUCGCGAACAGGUGUCAAUCUGUUCGUGAUAAGAGGGCACAAGUAGAACAGAAGAGCGCUAUAUAAAGCUCCGAGCCGGGAGCCAGAGUCGGAGCCGGAAAUUUUGGGGUCGGCUCCGGCUCCCGAGCCCAAAGUCGGAGCCAGGCUUCCCAGCGGUCAGAAAAGUAAAAAUUUCGUGAUCUUGUUAAACCAAAUUGCUUGAAAAACACUGCGGAGGAUGUGACUUGACUGCAAAAACGUUGGCGUAUGAUCUCUGGCACUAGUAACUUUCAUUUUUGGAAAAAUAUUUAAAAAAAAACAUUUUGCAUAGGAGCCGGGAUUCGGAGCCGGAGGCCUUUUUAAAUUUUGCACGGAGCUGCGAGCCGGAGCUGCAAAUUUGGCCUCGGCUCCGGCUCUGGGAGCUAAGAGCCGGAGCCGGAGCCGAAAUUUUGACCGUGGCAAUCUCUGGUGCUAGGUGCACUUUUGUUUUCUUACAGUCCAUGUCGCAAAAAUAACUCCAAAAUUUUGCGAACGGACUGGUGCAACUCAACAGUUUUAAUUUUCUUCUAUGUUUGUCAACACCUCUGUGUUUUUCCUAACUGCACUUCAUCCUUGAGGUCGAAAACCAAGUAAAGCCAUAAAUACUAUUGCGUAACUCGGAAGAUUCAGAGACCAAAAAAAGCCCAACAGCGUGUCCCUAAUCAAGUUAACAACCUAAUUUGGUUAGCUCGAAAACUCCAAUGGAAAGAAGUGAGGGGGUUCAAGCUAUGCAACUUUUCAGCGAGAAGUUGAUAAAAAAUGGUUGUAAAAUUGUAUUAAAAUAUUUUUUAUCGUGUAUUCUUCUGAAGGUAUAUUUGAGGCAGUCUAUAGUCCCAAUUUUCUCACCUUUUGGUCAAGUAGUUCAAUUUGUCCCAUUUGAUUUGGCCAAGAGCUAAAUAUGACCUUUUUUGGGCAAACUUUGUGUUUUUUUGGUGUUGAGCCCAUUUUAGUCAAAAAGUAAUUUUUGUACUUUUGGCCAAGGUGUACAAGUUGUUCACUUUUGCUCAAUUUGGCCUACCAAGAGCUAAAUUUGGUUUUUUUAAGGUCAAUUGUUCUUUUUUUGGCAUUGAGUCUAAUUUUGGGCAAGUUGUCCAAUUUGCCCAAAUUUGCAUAGGUUUUGGCAAGAGCUGAUUUGGCUGCCGAUUUUUUUUUUAUUUUGCCAUAUUUUUGUCUAGUUUGCCCAUUUCUGGUCGAUUUACCCAAUCUUGGGCAACUUGCCCACUCGGCCCAUUUUUUUGUCGAAAUUGAAAUAUAUCUAAAUAUCAUCCUACUUUUGACUUCAUUUUAGUAAACCUUGUUUUAAAAAUUUGCCCGUUUCUGAUCGAUUUGCCCAAUUUUUGGGCAACUUGCCCAACCUGCCCAUUUUUGAUCGAAAUUUUAAGUAUAUCCAAAUAUCGUCUUACUUGGCCCUAUUUUGUUAAAUUUCUUUUUCAUGUUUAGCAUUUCUGGUCGAUUUACCCCAUUUUUGGCCUACAAAUCACCUAUCUUCUCCAAUUUGAAGGCGUUGCAAAAAGUAAAAUUGACUUCAAAUCCAUCCCACCACAGCUCUUUGUCCUCCUCCUACUGUAUUGACCUUUUCCAAUUACUUCUUCUCCAAUCUUCUUUACAAUUUCCGGACCCGAAAAUAAACACGGGUCCGGACGGGGCCGUGGUGCGGAUAUUGUCGCGCCCGGCGGGCCGGGAUUCAUUCGGCAAUGGUGUGAACAAGUUUGAACAGCGUCUUGGGCCGCAUCUUUUCGGGCCUUUUUUCGGAGCCAAAAACCCGAUUUUUUGGCCGGAAAAUGACAUUUUUCUAACGGAUUUGUUAAGAUUUUCGGGGGUGGCCGGAACGGCAUCACGCGUGAUACUGUUUCGGCAGCUCUGAAACAAACGCAUGGGGAGGUCGGGGAGGGUUUGGGUUUGGGCUGUGAAGUCAAAUGGAAAGCUAAACAUAUUGGCUCGGUGUUUAAUGUUUGGUUUACCGUAGGUUAAGGUCGUCUCCAGGCCUUUUUGUUUGAAAUUCGAAUGGAUUUUACAAGGAAAGCGCUGCAAUUGGGACGCUCAGAUUUUGAUGAAAAGGGACAAAAUUAAGACUAAUUUUUUUUAUUACACCGUUUCUGCAAAGCGCGAUACAUGAAUUUCGUGUAGAUUCUGUAAAAAAUUAUAGAUUUUUUUUCAAAUUUUAUCAAAAUCUGAGCACCGCAUUUGAAGUACUUACCUACACAUUUUUUAAAACCUAAAGUUUGGCCUUGUACGUUAUAGAGAGGGUUUUUUCAUAAUGAAAAACAAAAUAAAAAAUUUCGUUUUGUGUACAUACAUAAAUUAUCAGCCUGUCGGGAAAAUAAUGAGCACAUAGUCGUUGCGCCAAUCGCGUCGGUAAAGUAAAAAUCCAUUUGAUUUUGCCGCGACACAAUUCAUUUUCUCGGUGGCGAUGCGAUUUUCGAUGCGACAGAGGGCUCAUUAUUUUCCCGACAGACUGAUAUCAGUAUGUUCAUAAAGUCCGUUUUUGGUCAAAAUCUGGUGAAGGGCACUUUUUUGUUUGAUUCUUGCCAAAUUUUUAUUUUGUCUAGAAGUAACGCAACCAAAUUUUAUGAUAACCAAUAAUGGGAAAGUAUGAUGGAUACUAUUAAAAAAUGUAUUUUUGCGUACUUUAAAAUUGAAGAAUAGCCUCGAAUUUGACAGCAAAAACCACUGUAAACCGAAGCUUUUUUUAAGUCCCUUGUGAAUCGCUGUGAAAAGUUUGAAUUUGUUUACAGGGACAGAGCGCCAAGUGCAGUGCUCAGAUUUUGACAAAACUCGGGGCAAAUUUAUUGUUUUUUUUUAUAAUGUAUAUGCCAGACUCUGAGCAAGCGAUUUGUUGAAACGACUGAGAUUUUUAGGUCGAAGAUUGGCUUAAAUGAGGUAUUUUUUGCUAAUUUUUGGUAUGAAAAUUUUCAUAUUUUUUGUUGAUUUUUGUGAUUUUACAGACGAGGCUUUGCUGCUACAAGUAUAUAAAAACAUAUUUUUUAUUGUAAAAUACGAGGUGAGCACAUCCAGACCCCUAACUUGCACUUUACGGAAACAAAAGAGAUUUUUAGACCGAAAGUUGGUAAAAAAUGACAGAGUUUUGGAACUUUUAACAUAGAGAGUUUCGCACAUAUUUUUAUCGCAGAGAGUAAUACUCAUCAAAAAAUUGAUUUUUUUCCGCACAAAACCAACAAAGUUAUUGCCAAAAAGUGCUUUUCUCUGACCGUCAUCCGCAUUUAGCGUACUCUCUCGGCCGUAAAGAUUGUUCAAUAUCUCGGCUUGGCCGGCAAAGCGCAAACUAAAAAUUUCUUCAAUUUUCAUUGGACCUGUGCUGGAACUGUGUGCAAAAUUAAAAGCAAAUCAAUGCGUCGCACCUGGAACUUUUUAACUUUAUAAUACCAGUCUGUAGAUUAAAUAAUGAGUCCUCUGUUGCAUCGAAAAUCGCGCCACCGCUGAGAAAAUGAAUUGUAUCGCGGCAAAAUCAAUCUGCUUUUCAGUUCAGCGACAUUGCGCUAAUUAUUUUCCCGACAGACUGAUAUUCUUAACUUUUUGAGCAAAUCGACCAAAAAGAAGCCAAAUCGGCUUCCAAAAAAGUCGCAUUCCAUUUCCAAUUUCGAAUAUUUUACUGUCAUUUCUCGUCAAUUUCCGACCCCCCGUCUAAUCCCGCGGAAUGAUGUAGGCGCGCGCGAAAUAUGAUGUUUCCAUAACCGACCCGAAUUGAUGUCCCUCGGUUUUCCGGCAAUUUUUCAAAUUUGUUUGGGUCCCCGGAGACGCCGACCCUGCGGGCAUUCGCUUUUUUCGGGUUUCGCGAAAUGAAAUGCCAACGAAAAAGCGAAAAAGUUGAUUUUAUUAGUUGAGCGCCGCGGAUUCUUCAGGGCUUUUUUCGGGGUGAUAAGUCUGGGGAAUUGCGAGGACAAUGAAGUGUUUUGACGGCCUCUGCAAAGAGUUGGGUCUUGCAUAGUUGUGGAAUGUUAUAUGUAUUCGAGUUUAAACAUGUUAUAGUACGUUUUGGAAGCGGGGUUUUGGUGGCUGUUGGGGUGUUAAAAGGGCUUGCUUGCAGUAUGAGUUUAUUAGAACGACAAAUUCGACUACAACAUAUAGGUUACUGACAUUGUGAGGUUUAUUUUUUCGCAAAAAACAGUAUAAAUGUCAACGCUUAGAUCUUAAUGUAACCUGACACAAAUUUGAAUGAAAAAUCUCUUAUUUUUAGACCGAUGCGAGAUUUUGAGCAUGCGCUUUUCCGAACCAACCGACGAUUUUUAUAUGCAGAAAAAAUGUACUUUUGGCCUAUAAUUGACUCUCAAAAGAUCAGAAAAAAAUGUUUGUUAUAGGCAGGCUUCGUUGUCUCGGAGUUUUCCAUAACUCGUAUUUUACCCUAAUUUUCAAUUUUAUUCCCCAAGCUGUCUAGGUAACAAUAAAUAAAGGGGUACCCCAAGUGCACGGCAACCUAAAGUGUUUCUUCGCUCCUUUCGACACUUCGCCCAUUUUGCAUCGGUUGAAAUCAAACAAAAUGUCGCAAAAGAAAAAUUUUUUCAUCUAUUUCGGGUUGCCGUGCAAGUGUGACUCUCAGGUUUUCUUCAAAUUUUGCAUACAUUUCGAUAAUACGCCACAUAUCAAUUCCUAAAAGUUUUAGCUAGCGCUUUCCAAGAGCAGCCGAGAUAUUGGGAGAUGUUUGCCGCCGAGAGAGUACAAAAACUCGGAGAGCGGUAAGCGGGAAAAACACUUUUUGGCCGUAUCUUUGUCAUCGAAAUUUUUUUUUUUUUUUGUGGAAACAUAACAAAGUGUUUUGACGGCCUCUGCAAAGGUUUGGGCCUUGCUUCUACGGUAGAAAAUAGCAUAAAAUUUAGCCUGAGGUCUUAAAAAUUGUUUUGUUAUACAAAGGUCCUUUUCAUUUUAAGUUUUGGUUGCAAUUCUUCCUCGUUUUCAGACUAUGAACAGAAAAAAUAAAAUGUUUCCUUUGAUAAGAUAUAACCAUCAGUCUGUCGGGAAAAUAAUGAGCACAAUCGCUGUGCCAAUCACUUCACUGAAUUGAAAAGCAAUUUGAUUUUUGACACAAUUCAUUUUCUCGGCGGCGAUGCGAUAUUCGUUGCGGCAGAGUGCCCAUUAUUUUCCCGACAGACCGAUAAACUCUCAUUUUUCAUCUAUUUUUACCUCUUUUUUCGAACAAUUCACUCAUCCCUGAAUGCCAUUCGAAUUUAUAGACAAUCGACGGCGGAUUUCGGCGGCCAAGAAGCGCCUCUUCUUCAGUGGCCAUUCCGAUAUUUCCCCGAGGGCAGAUUAUUUAGCGCUGAACGGUCUGUGUUCUUUGAAAGCGGCGUCUUUAAUCGCGGCUGUUGGCCCAUUUGUAGGAGUUAACACAACCGCUUUUUAUGGCACUCGAGCUGUUUAUGCAGUAUGAGUUAUGGUAGCGCAUAAACGGAAGGGGAUAAUGGAGGGUGGUGGCGGUGGAAAUAUUGGCAAAAUUUUUUAGUUUUUGAAAUAUCCGAGGUUUUUUUUGGAACUGACAGAUGUAUGUAUUUUACAUUGAGAAAAAGAAGAUUAUAAAUCUAUGAAGUUUUUUUGCUAGCAUACUACAGGGUGGUUCAGCUAAGUUUGCGGAUGUAAAAUGCUUAUAACUUUUUACAGGAUUGUUCAAUUUUUAUGAGCAAUAGCUCAUUUUAUUCCUUAGUAGUUGCCAUUUUGUUUAAAAAACAGAUCAUUAAAAACGAUCAAUCCUACGUCGAGUUAUGACCCUUCAAAGUCAAACAUGCUUUUUCACGUAAAUUUUUAAAAAAAUUUAAUUUUCAAAAAUUUUUGAAUUGCGGUGUCACCGCUCGCUGGUACCGGGGAAUGAUGGUGAACAGAGCGAUCCCAGCUAUGCAAAAUUGGCCCAAUUUUGCCAAUCUUUGGUAUUUCAUAAAAAUUGAACAAUCCUAUAAAAAGUUAUAAGCAUUCUACAUCCGCGAACUUAGCUGAACCACCCUGUAUUAUUUUGACGAAUAACAAAAAAAUAAUAAAAUACGGGGUGCGGCAAUUUUUCGGCUGGAUUUGAAUAGGCUACAAAUUUUUCAGUUUUUGGCCAAAUUCCUUUUUUCCGUGAAUUCUCAGACGUCCCUAUUUUUUAAUACGAAAUAUGUUAUAUACUUUCUUUUAUGGACAAUAAAUGGGCUUAGUUAAUAGUUAUUGGCCUUACUCUUUUGACAGAGGAAGUACUCCAAGUGCGACGCUCAGAUUUUCUUUAAAUUUUGCACACACGUCGGGUAUGGACUAAAUAUCAAUUCCUGAAAGUUUUAGCUCGCGCUUUGCGGGCGCCGCCGAGAAAUCGAACGAUUUUUGCCGCCGAGAGAGCACACUCAACGUGGAGAGCGGUCAGAGAGAAAAGCGCUUUUUGGCCAUAACUUUGGCAGUUUCGUGCGGAAAAAUUUGAUUUUUUGUAGAAAAAUUAUCCUUUACGAUAGAAAUAGGCAUGAAACUUUUCGUGCCAAAAUUCGGCAAAAAGUCCUAAAUUUUGGCCGACUUUCGAUCCAAAAAUCUCGGUUUCUUCUGCAAAGCGCAAGCUAGGAUUCUCGUAUAUAUCUUAGAAAAAAUUACUCUAAAUUUGUGCCAAGUUUCAUCAAAAUCUGAGCGUCGCACUUGGGGUACUUCCCCUGUUAGCCUUUUUUUACUACUUUUGGCCUCUAUUCUUACUGUAACUGUAGAUAUACACUUACUAUGUAUAACAUAUUUGGUAUGAAACAAAAUGGGGUUGUCAGAGGAUUCAGGGAAAAAAAGAAUUUUAAGAUUUGGCCGAAAACUAAAGAAGUUAUAGCCAAUUCAAAUCGGUCCACAAAGAUGCGCCACCCUGUAGUUAUUGGUCUUAUUCUUUUGAGUUCUUUAUUCGGUCGUUUUUUGGCCUUUUCGGCGUAUGUGAAAAUGGACAUAACAUUGACUUUUUUGCGAAUUUUUAAAUAUUUGUUUCAGUCCGCCAAACAGGCUGCCAUUUCAACAGAACCUCAACCUUCUUCCCCUCCUCAAAUCAAGCUGGACUGGCUGCAACGUCGCCUUGUCUCAGCCUCGCCGGUUCGGCUUGCCGCUUCGGUCGUGCGGCAUUUCGGCUCCAGAGACUCUUCCCUAGAUCGCACAGAGCAUGACAGUAAGCAGCUGAUCAGCAGUGAUGAAGAACAUGAGGUGGAAUUGUAUGAUGGGAGUUUGGAAGACAUCCCAAUGGAUGAGGAUGGAGAUUGCUGGAUGGAAGAUGCGUGGGACUCUGGAGAGUACUUUCAAAUUGUGGGGAACACUAUUCAGGUGAGCGAUUUUUUGUCUUUGACUUUUUAUGUCGAAAUUUUGAAAUUUGUUGCACUGUGCAUGGUCAAAUUUUAAUUUUUAUCACUGGACCGUGGAAAAGGGCCAUAAAGCGAUAAAAAACUUUGUCAGGCUGUCCAAAAACUUUCAAUUUUUACACACAAAGAAAAUUUUAAAUUUUGUAGUCCUUCGCACUGUGCAGUGUGGAAUUUCACAUUUUUUCUCUGCACAGUGCAAAGUCAAAUUUUAAUUUUCUUCAUUGCACAAUGCAAAAAUGACCUAAGGCAAUGUAAAAUUUUUGAGUUGCUUGAAAAAAGUUCCAAAUCUAACUUGCGAUGUAAAUUUUAAAUUCUGCAGUCUUUCGCACGGUGCAGUGGGAAGUUUUUCAUUUUUUCUCCGCACAGUGCAAAGACAAAAGUUUAAAUUCUCGAUGCACUGUGCAAAGAAGCGAAAAAGGAUGCCAAAAAUAUAUCGUGCGAUAAAACGGCUGAAUUUCAUAUGACAAAACAAGAAACGAAAUUUCAGUUUUUGGUGCACAAUGCAAACAAAGGUCAAUUUGUUCCUUUUUUGAGCGCACAGUGCAGAAUAGUUUGCUUAAAACUUUCUUUACACUGCCUAAAAAAAUCUUGUCGUCUUCACGUAUUUUUCACUGCGCAACCAAAAAUCAUCCUUCAAAUUCCACUGCACAGUGCAAAUUUCAAUUUUUCCAAAAAUCUCGUCUGCACUGUGCAAAACCCAAAAAAAAAUCCAAAGUGUCACCGAAAAAUUUGUGUGAGACACAGAACACCCUUGUGUUAUGUGAAAAUUUAAAUAUCUAGCCGGCUAUUGCACGGUUCCACGAAAAAUCCUCCUCAACUUCCAACGCACAGUGCAAAAGCCCAUUUUUCCAAAAAAUCUCUGUCUGCACUGUGCAAACCCCAAAAAAGUCGCAGAUCUCCCCUCCAUCUUACCUCAUCGCCGACGUAGAGCGAGUGAAUUGCGUGGAGAGUUGCGUGCGAGCAGCCUCGUUCUAUUGUCUGCCGAUCAAUUUCGCCGGGACACACAAAAGAAAGUCGGCUUUUGGGUCAAAGCGAACAGUUCCCUUUCAUUGUUUUUUUUCGCGCACGUCGUAUGUUCGUUGUAUGUUUUUCAACUUACAAGUGCAAACUUUGGGGGCCGGGAACUUUUAAUCGGGCAGUUUGGGACGGGUUCGAAAUUUCGCAAUUACGUGUGUUGUUUGGCCUUUGGGGGCUUUGUAAGUUUACUCGGUUAAACUUGUUGGAGAUGGGCCUGAAAGUAAUACCUUGGUUUUUUUAAGCAGGAAAUUCAGUGGCUUUUUGUUUUUUUAUCAUCAAACUAGAGGUGACAAAUUAACUCCAGAUAUUUUUUGUUUGUUUGUGGGCAUCUUGAAAGUACUGAUAUGGGGUAUGGAGUUACAGGUCGAAACAUAUAUUAAAAAAUCGCAAAUUUUUUAUGAUUCAGAAUGUGUAAAAAUUUCCUGCCCUCUUUGGGUUUGUAAGGGUAAAAGUCCUCAGAACUUCCCUCGCAACACCACGCAAAUGCCUUUUUGACAAAGCUUUCUACCAAUUCAAAAGGUUUUUUUGGAGCUCAAGUAAACCCCGGCAUCUUGCCAAGCCUCAAAAUAUCAAAUUUGAUUAAUUCAAUUUCAAUUUAUUUCCGCUGAUCAUCUAUCAAAAGUAGAGAAACGAGCCAUGAAAGAUGGGGAUGUCACGUCGGUUCUCCAGUGUGCCAAUCCUCAAGAAGGUCCUGCCACGGGUUGAGCUUCUGCCAUCCUCCGGAGGGGUUGUUGCCCGCAACGGCAUCGUCGGCAGGAAACCCAACCGCUCACCGCGGUGUGAACGGAAGGAAUCGAAUUUGAUUUAUACUGCACCUUAAUUAGUAGUAGUUUCAAUGUAAUUGUGGCGUUGCGAGAAAAGUUGUGACGGUUUUUCGCCCUUACAAACCAAAAUUGGGCAGCUUAUUUUUACACAUUCUGAAUCAGAAAAAUUCUGCGAUUUUUUUGAUAUAUUUUUCGAACUGUAACUUUAUACCCCAUAGAAGUACUUUCCUUGUAAGAACGAAAUACAGUUGUUUUCAAUUUUUCUAUCACCAAAGUAGAGGUGGCAAAUCGUUUUUUUUUUUGAAGGCAUCAAUUCCAAACCAUUUUUUUUUUGAUUUCACCGUUUUAAAACACGUUUAAAAAAAUUUUUGCUGAAAGUAAGACAACUUACCUGUUGCUUUGUCGAGAUGACUCACUUCUUUUCAUUCUUAUUUCUCCCACACAAUGGCAGAAAGCUCAGGAAAUCCGAGUUAUAAGACCAAGGUUUUCUCAGUCUGGGUUUCGAAAUUACACAUGAAAUUCUUUGUGGAUUUGGUUUUAUAUAACAGGAAAUUUUUUAUUUUUUGGCCGUUCCAAAAUUUGAUUUUUUUUUGAUAUGUUGAGUUUUUGAUUGUGUGAAUUUUUUUUCAUUUUGUUGCACCGUGCGAAAAAACAGCAAAAUUUUCCGCACAGUGCAUAAAAGUAAGAAAAAUUUAUGCUUUCGCACUGUGCAAUCAAAUUAUUUGUCGUCAAAAAAAAUUUCUUUGCACUGUGCAGUCAAGGUUCUUGUCGCUAAAGAACUUCGUUGCACUGUGCAGUUUUUCUCAAAUUUUUGCACUGUGCAGACCCUCCAAAGCCACCGAACCAUGCGAAAAAUUGCGAAAAAAUAAUUUGCACUGUGCAAGCAAGCUUUCUGUCGCCAAAAAAUUUCUUUGCACUGUGCAUUGUUUUUCAAAUUUUUGCACUGUGCAGUCAGCCCAAAAUCAUUGCACGGUGCAAAAAAUGGCGAAAAUAAUUUGCACUGUGCAGUCAAGGUUUUUGUCGCUAAAGAAGCACUGUGCGAAAAAAGUGAGAUAAUCUGCACAGUGCAAACAAUGAGAAAAAAUGGAUUCUUUCGCACUGUGCAAUCAAAUUUUUUGUCGCCAAAAAAUUUCUUUGCACUGUGCAUUUUUUUCUCUGCUUUUUGCACUGUGCGGAGACUAAAAAAUCACCGCACCGUGCAAAAAAAUUUUAAAAAAAAAUUUGCACUGUGCAGACACUCCAAAAUCACCGCACUGUGCAAAAACAUGAAAAAAAAUCCUUGCAGUGUGCAUUUUUUUCUGGCUUUUGCACUGUGCGAAAAAAGUGAGAUAAUCUGCACAGUGCAGACAAUAAUAAAAAAUGGAUUCUUUCGCACUGUGCAAUCAAAUUUUUUGUCGCCACAAAAUUAUUGCACUGUGCAUUUUUUCUCUGCUUUUUGCACUCUGCAGUCAGCCCAAAAUCACCGCACGGUGCAAAAAAUGACGAAAAUAAUUUGCAUCGUGCAAGCAAGUUUUCUGUCGGCCAAAACAUUUCUUUGCACUGUGCACUUUUUCUCUGCUUUUUGCACUGUGCAAUCAUCCCAAAAUCACCGCACUGUGCAAAAAAAAAAUGCUUGCACUGUGCAUUUUUUUCUCAGGCUUCUGCACUGUGCGAAAAAAGUGAGAUAAUCUGCACACUGCAAACAAUAAGAAAAAAUGGCUACUUUCGCACCGUGCAAUCAAAUUUUUUGUCGCCACAAAAUUAUUGCACUGUGCGAUUUUUCUCAGGUUUCUGCACUGUGCGGAGACUAAAAAAUCACCGCACCGUGCAAAAAAAAAAACAGAGAAAAAAUUUGCACUGUGCGAUUUUUCUUAGUUUUCUGCACUGUGCAGACACCCCAAACUCACCGCACUGUGCAAAAAAAAUAAUUUUCAAAAAACUCUCAAAACACUUUUCGAGCUCGAAAUUAAUCAGCUCGCGGUUCCUCGCUCCCAAAAUACAUCAAAAUGAAAGCCGAUCUGAACCGGAAAUGCGCAGAUCUCGUGAAAAUCGCCCAGAAACCCCCAUACCGCGGCGCUUUUUUUCACGACGUUCGGCGGGUUUGUUUUCAAAAUUUCGGCGCGAGCUGGUUAUAUUUUUUGGACAGAUGUUCCAGCGGUUUCAGGAUACCCUCGGGACGAUUUAUUUUUGGAUUUUGGAACAAAACAUUUCGUGGGGAAAAUAAAAAUUUAAUAGCUCCGAAAGUUCCGCUUUUCCCCCGCUGAAUUCGACCUCCGUUUAUAAUCCGUUAUUAGGAGCCGGCUACUGAUAAGAGGAGCAAAAGUCGGUCAUUAGACGGAAUUUUUUUGCAAAUCGGCACGCGAAAAUGGAGGGAUAAAAACUUAAAUUUUCUGAAAAAUUUUUUGAUUUCUGAAUAUUUUUAAAUAAUUUUUUCAAAAAAACUGUUUAUUUUGAAAAAAAAAUAAAAAUUUUUCCGCACCGUGCGGAAGAAAACAUAUUUUUCCCUGUUUACUUUGUAAUUAGUGAUAUUUCAUACAAGCUGUAAUUAUUUUCAUGUCUUUGGCUGAGAGUUUCUUUUAUAUUUUGAUUACAUAAAAUUAUGUUGGUUUACCAACUCAAGAAAAUUUAUUUUCAAAGAAAAAUUUUGUUUGCACUGUGCGGGCAAUUUUUUGUUUUUUGCACGGUGCAAAAAUUCUUUUUCUGCACUGUGCAAAAAAAAUUUUAUCGCCAAUGCACUGUGCAGAAAUUUUGUUUUGUUUUUUUUGCACGGUGCAGAAAACCUUUUUUGUCGCCGUUGCACGGUGCAGACAAUUUUUUACUUUUUGCACAGAGCAAGAAAAAUUUUUCUGACAAAAAAAAUUUAUCGCGAAUGCACUGUGCAGAAAUUUUUUUUAGUUUUUUUUGCACGGUGCAAAAAAAAUUUAUCGCUAAUGCACGGUGCAGACAAUUUUUAAUUUUUUGCACAGUGCAAAAAAAUUUCUUUGUCGCCGGUGCACCGUGCAGACAAUUUUUUAUUUUUUGCACCGUGCAAAAAAAUUUCUUUGUCGCCGUUGCACCGUGCAGCCCUUAUUUUAUUUUUUUUUUGCACAGUGCGAUAGUUAUCUUGCUUUCUCUUCGCACAGUGCAAAUGAAAAUUUUGCACUGUGCGUUUUUCAGCUUUGUUUUUGAUUUUCGCAGAGUGCAAGAAAAAUUUUUGUCGCCGUUGCACGGUGCAGACAAUUUUUAAUUUUUUGCACUGUGCAAGAAAAAAAUGUUCAUCGCCGAUGCAUUGGGCAGACCAUUUUAAUUUUUUGCACCGUGCAAAAAAAAUUUCUUUGUCGCCGUUGCACCGUGCAGACAAUUUUUUAUUUUUUUGCACAGUGCGAUAAUUAUCAGUCUGGCCGAAAAAGAAUUUCGCACCCCGAACCCCUCCGUCGCACGCACUCCAAACCCCAAUUUGCAUCGCGGAGAAAUUUGGGGCAUGUCGCCGAAAAAACGAAGAAAGCGACGUGUCGCAGGCCCGAAAUCGGGGUUUCGGGCCUGUUUCGCACAGUGCAAACCGUUGUUUUUGUUCAUUUGCACUGUGCAUUCACCAAAUUUUAGCGAUUUUUCCCUUUCGUCGCGGAAAAUCUUCAAUGUCGCGCGCAGGUUUGGAUUUUCGGGUUGCGAUUUUUGUGCGGAGGGGGGUGAAAUUCUUUUUCGGCCAGACUGAUAUUGUGCUUUUUCUUCGCACAGUGCAAAUAUCGGUCUGUCGGGAAAAAAACGGCGGAUCGUCGCGCCUCCGAAUCGCCCAUCAUCGCUUUGCGACUGCAAGCCGCGGCUUGGGAUUUGGUGCGCGACAGCGGCGAGGCGAGACAUUUUGAUGCGACAAUCCGCCGUUAUUUUUCCGACGGACUGAUAAAAAUUUUGUUUUUGAUUUUCGCACAGUGCAGAAAACCUUUUUUGUCGCCGUUGCACCGUGCAGACAAUUUUGAUUUUUUGCACGGUGCAAAUAAAAAUUUUGUUUUUGAUUUUCGCACAGUGCAGAAAACUUUUUUUGUCGCCGAUGCAUUGGGCAGACCAUUUUAAUUUUUUGCACCGUGCAAAAAAAAUUUCUUUGUCGCCGUUGCACCGUGCAGACAAUUUUUUAUUUUUUUGUACAGUGCGAUAGUUAUCUUGCUUUCUCGUCGCACAGUGCAAAUAAAAAUUUUGCACUGUGCGUUUUUCAGCUUUGUUUUUGAUUUUCGCACAGUGCAGAAAAAAAGCUUUUUUUGGUUUUUGUCGCACCGUGUAAAGUCACAAAUUUUUGUCGCACGUUAUUCAGCAACAAAAAAAAAAUAUUUUUGCACUGUGCGAGAAUUUCACUUACCAAUUUUCGGCUGCAUUGUGCAAAAAGUCAAAUCAAUUCUUGAUUUUGAAACUGAAAACCGUCGGAAACUUGGUAAUUCCUGUAACAUGGAGCAAAUUAAAUUUCAAUUUUAACAUGCGAUUUCCUAAUUUCCCCCGAAGCGAUUUAACAUACUUGAUUGGAACUUGUUUUUCUCACAAAUCAGUAAGUCAUCUUGACUGUUCCCGCGUGCAAUUGACACUUUUUUCGAGAUGAUUUGGAAGCUCCCAUUAUUUAUUUUUUAGAAAUUUUUAGUUUUAUUGCACAAUGUCGACUGAAAAAUUGAUUUUUUUUGCACUGUGCAAUAUUUACAAUAUUUUUAAAACUGCACAGUGCGAAAAUGCAUUUUUUUUAAAUAUGUCCUCUAGGGUUUUUCAUAAAAUUUCUGGCUUCUAAAAUACGGUUUUUGAAAUAUUUAUGUAAAUAAAUAUUAAAAAAAAAUAAAAAAUAUUUUAUUUUUUUCCAAUAUUUUUAUUUUUUUUUCCUAGAGGUGUCAUAAAUUUAUAAAAUUUUUAUAAAAUACAUCAACUCCUUCGAUUAAAAUGGCGGAAAAAUAAUGUGGAUUCGUCGCGUUUUAAAAUCCUCCCAUCAUCGCAAAUCCACAUUAUUUUCCCGACCGGCUAAUAUCAAAAAAUCCACAUUAUUUUCCCGACCGACGACUAUCAAAAAAUCCACAUUAUUUUCCCGACCGACUAAUAUCAAAAAAUCCACAUUAUUUUCCCGACCGACUAAUAUCAAAAAAUCCACAUUAUUUUCCCGACCGACUAAUAUCAAAAAAUCCACAUUAUUUUCCCGACCGACUAAUAUCAAAAAAUCCACAUUAUUUUCCCGACCGACUAAUAUCAAAAAAUCCACAUUAUUUUCCCGACCGACUAAUAUCAAAAAAUCCACAUUAUUUUCCCGACAGACGAAUAUCAAAAAAUCCACAUUAUUUUCCCGACAGACGAAUAUCAAAAAAUCCACAUUAUUUUUCCGACCGACUAAUAUCAAAAAAUCCACAUUAUUUUUCCGACCGACUAAUAUCAAAAAAUCCACAUUAUUUUCCCGACCGACUAAUAUCAAAAAAUCCACAUUAUUUUCCCGACAGACGAAUAUCAAAAAAUCCACAUUAUUUUCCCGACAGACGAAUAUCAAAAAAUCCACAUUAUUUUUCCGACCGACUAAUAUCAAAAAAUCCACAUUAUUUUCCCGACCGACUAAUAUCAAAAAAUCCACAUUAUUUUCCCGACCGACUAAUAUCAAAAAAUCCACAUUAUUUUCCCGACAGACAGGCAAAACAAAUUUUAUUUUAUUCAAUUUUUUCAGCGCGCCGAUCUCCCGGAUAUCCAGCUUGCCCCCUCCAGCAGCGGUGGUUUCCGAGCAUUUGGCGAAAGAGAGGACGAGGAGGAGACUGUCCCAGCUGUCCCAGUUAUGGGUCAACGAUGUUCGCAUUCGAAGCAGCGGACGUUCUCGCCGAGUCAUUGUCGAAAUGGUCAGUUUGACUUUUUUUUAUUUUUUUUCAAGUUUAAAAAAUGGCUGGUCAAAAAAAUAUAAUAUAUUUUUUGUUCAAAUAUAGCCUAAAAUACGACUUUUUUCAAAAAAAUAAAACAAAAUAUAUAUCCCUGGGCUUUCCCAAAAAAAGUUUUUUUAUCAGCGGAAAAUCGCUAAGAAACAUUGAUUUUUAAAUUUAGACGCUGAAAUCGGAGGCUUGCGUAUUUUACUUUACUUUUCUAUUUUUUUUUUUUUUUUUUUUUUUUUUUAAUCUGUAUCUUGAAUUUUAAAAACUGGGCUGGUCACAAUUUUUUUUUUUUUUUAAACUUUUUUUUAUAAAAAAAGUAAAAAAAUAUCUAUAGACUUUUUCAAAAAAAUAUUUUGUCAACAAAAGAUCGCUAAAAAAGAUUGAUUUUUAAAAGCAUGUACAUGUGAUAUUCACCAUAUUUGACUUUUAUUUUCAUUUUUUUUUCUAUUUUUGUAUAUUUUUUUUGAAAAUUUUUCAAAAAAAUCAAAAAAAUCACUUUUUCAUUAGCCUUCAUUAGCCUUCAUUGCCUUUUCCAAAAAAUUUUUCAUCGAUGAAAAAUCGCUAAAAAUCGAUUUUCAAAUGCGUGUAGAAGUGCCAUGAAUCGCCGUAUUUUACUUUUUUUUUAAAUUUUUUCUAGUUUUUUUAUAUUCUUUCUUGAAAAGUUUAAAAAAACUCAAAACAGUUAUUUUUUCAUUAGAAUAAAUUUAUGGUCUUUCCCAAAAAAUUUUUAUCAGCGAAAAGUCGAUAAAAACCAGUGAUUUUCAAAUGCAUCUACAAGUGCAACGGACCGCCGUAUUUUACUUUUCUUUUUUCUUUUUUCUAUUUUUUUAUAUUUUUUCUUGAAAAUUUUUCAAAAAAAAAAUCAAAGCAACCACUUUUUCAUUAAAAAAAAUUCACUGCCUUUCGUAAAAAAUUUUUUACCAGCGAAAAAUCGCUAAACAAAGUGUGUUUUUAUACACCUAUACAAGGGUAAUGGACCGUAUUUUACAUUUCUUUUCAUAUUUGUAAUUUGUAGCCGCUAAUUUGUAGGCACUUUUUACCAUUCUCCUCCAUUUUCUUUUUUUUUUGAUCUUUUUGAUAGGUUUUACAAAGAUUAGGCGGGGCUACGGUAGUACAGGCUAUGGUAGUACGGCCCCCCAGUCCAGUUUAGCCCCCCAUGACCCAGUACGAACCCCCUCGUCCAUUCUGAACCCCAAAAUUUAUUUCAAAGAAUUAAUCCAAGUUGUAUGGUCCAGCACAAGCCCCCUACGUUUUAGAUGAAGCCCCUUACGUUUUAGGUCAAGCCCCCUACGCUUUAGAUCAAACCCACAACGUAGUAGAUCAAACCCCCACUUACAUUUUUUGUAUUAUUCUAAUUUGUUCAUUAUGUGGGGUGUGAAACGGGCAAAACAGUGGGGGUUUGAACUACCUUUCGUGGGGGGCUCAACUACCGAAGCCCCGAUUAGGCUGUUUCAUAAAACACAGUUGUUCUCCAGUAUUCUCACGUCGUAUUUUACCCCUUCUCUUCCAAGCUUCUCCCCCACGUGAAUGCAUAAAACAUGAUAAGAGCGGCCGACGGCAUUCCCCUUCUGCUUCCCAGACACUGACCAGCACGCGUCACUUUUUCUCGUCCACUCUUUUUUACGGCCCGCUCUCUUUCGGCCGCGUCCAUGGUCAUUUCGGCCGGUUUGAACUUCGUUUCUCGGACGUGAAUGUAUUGGCCGAAGGCAUUUGCGACGGCAAUUUUAAUCUUUUUAAAGGGAUCUGGAUUAGCUGGCCGAUUGGGGGCAAUUGCACUGUGCAAAAAAGAUUUGGUUUUUAUUGGACGAUGCGAUGCGUAGGAGCGAAUUUGAUCACUUUUUUAGACAUACCGAUACUCAACUGAAAUUUGACGCGGACGUUUUUACAAUUAUCUACUUUUUUUAAUUAAUUUUUUUUUUUUUUUUUUUUUUUUUUUUUGAAAAGAAAGUACUGUACCAAAAAUUUAUGAAAAAAUAUGGCUUGGAAAUGUUAGGAAGGCCAUGUUUUUCCUUUGAUGAGCGAUAUUUUGGCUUAUUUUUUCUGCACAGCGCGUAAAAUAGGUGAUUUGAAAAUCUGCACAGUGCAAGGGAAGUUUAUUCGUUCUCCUGGCUUAAUGAUUCAAUAAUUCGAUCAACAUGAAAAAGCAAAGAAUACAAAUGAUUUGCUUUGUGCUAUAUAAGAACUAAAUUCAGCUAAAUUUGUAAUUCCUAAGCCGCACAGUGCAUAAGACUCGCAUCUUUCGCCAUUGCACCGUGCAUGAAUCAUUUUGCUGCAUUAUCUGCACCGCCCGACAAAAGUCAUCUCUGGGAUUUUUUACUAUGAUCGUUAUAGGUAAACUGAGUAUGCAACUGCAAAGUUUAGCUCAAAUUUUUCUCACCCAGUGAGGAUUUUCCCUAUUCAGCUCAACUGCACAGUGCAGUCAAAGUUUUGGUUUCUUCUUUGUACUGUGCGGUAAAACUAGACGCUGAUUUUUUUGAACAGUCAUGUGAAGUGUUCUGAUUAUUCGAGCUCAAUUUCCUACAUAAAUUUUCCUAGCACAGUGCUGAUUUUCUCGAUUCAGCUCAACUGCACAGUGCAGUCAAAGUUUUGGUCUCUUAUUUGCACUGUGAGACAAAAUUAGAUUCUGAAUUUUUCUGGGAUGGUCUUACUAGACAUUCUCAUUAUUCGAGUACAAAUUUCUAACAAAAUUUCCCUAGCACAGUGCUGAUUUUCUCGAUUCAGCUCAACUGCACAGUGCAGUCAAAGUUUUGGUCUCUCAUUUGCAUUGCGCGGUAAAAUUAGAUUCUGUAUUUUAUAGAACAGUCUUCCUAGAUAUUCUCAUUAUUCGAGUACAAAUUUCAAAGCAAACGUUUGUCGCACAGUGCAGAUAUUCUCUAUUCAGGUGACCUGCACUGUGCAGUCAAAGUUAGGGGCUUUCGAUUUACACUGUGCGGUAAAAUUAGAUGCUGAUUUUUUUAGAACAAUGUUCCUAGACGUUCUCGUUAAUCAAAUACAAUUUUCAAUCCAAAUUCCCCUAGCACAGUGCUGAUUUUAUCUAUCCAGGCCAACUGCACGGUGCAGUCAAAGCUUUGGUCUCUCAUUUGUAUCGUGCGGUAAAAUUAGAUGCUGAAUUUUUUAGAACAGUCAUGUUAGGUAUUCUGAUUAUUCAAGCGCUAUUUCCUUCACAAAUUUUCCGAGCACAGUGCUGAUUUUAUCUAUCCAGCCCACUUGCACAGUGCAGUUAAAGAUUUGGUCUCUCUUUUCCACUGUGCGGCAAAAUUAGAUUCUCAAUUUUUCUGGGAUGGCUUUACUAGGCAUUUUCAUUAUUCGAGUACAAAUUUCUAACAAAAUUUUCCCAGCACUGUGCUGACUUUCUCUAUUCAGCUCAACUGCACAGUGCAGUCAAAAUUGUGGUCUCUCCUUUGCACUGUGCGGUAAAAUGAGAUUCUGAAUUUUUCUGGGAUGAUCUUGCUAGAUGUUCUGGGUAUUCGAAUACAGUUUUAAACCCAAAUUUCCCUAGCACAAUGUUUUUUUCCUCUAUCUAGGCCAACUGCACCGUGCAGUCAAAGUUUUGGUCUCUCCUUUCCACUGUGCAUCAAACUUAGAUUCUGAAUUUUUCUGGGAUUGUCUUACUAGACAUUCUCAUCAUUUGAAUACAAAUUUCAAACGAAACUUUCCUCGCACAGUGCUAAUCUUCUCUAUAGAAGUCAAUUGCACAGUGCAGUCGAAGUUUAGAUCAUUGAUUUGCACUGUGAGGUAAAAUUAGAUUCUGAAUUUUUGAGAACAGUCUUACUAGACAUUGUCAUUGUCUGAAUGCAAUUUUCAACCUAAAUCUCCAUAACACGGUGCUGAUUUUAUCUAUCCAGGCCAACUGCACGGUGCAGUCAAAGCUUUGGUCUCUCAUUUGUAUCGUGCGGUAAAAUUAGAUGCUGGAUUUUUCUAG